CGAUUUCGAAAACGCGGAGCUCUGACCUGCGCGUGCCUCACAAGGACAAGGACAGCGCUGAUAGUGGUGGAUCCAUCCAUUGAGUCAUUGAGUGAUCGAUUCCAGCUAGCGUCGUCAUGUGGCGGCACGUCGACCCCAGAUCCCUGGCAUGGAGUUUCUUCGCCAUGCUGUUCCUGGGCUUCUCGUACUUCAUGCUCGGACUCACCAACGUGGCCGACGAGCUGGACAUUGAGCACCUAUUCACCAUAUCGCUCGUGUGGAUGUGGACAGGUGAGGCAGAGGGGAGGGGAGGGGAGGGGAGAGCAGCCAAUACUGCCACACCACACCGGGGUGACACAGCAAGUCAAAGCAUUAAUCCAUCCAUCUCUUCUGUGUGUCUGGUGUCUGGGUUGACCGCAGGCAUCGUCGGCCUGCUGGCGGCCUUGUACUUCUGGAUGACAGUGGGCACCAUGUGGAUAGCCAGCAGAGGUCUGGAGAUCAAGUUCCCGCCCUCGGACGGGUCCCCCCAGCACGCACCCACAGACAUCAUCGUCGCCCCUCCCCCCUUCCAGCAACACGCAUCCGUCAGCGCCUCUCCCGUCCCCCCCAUCCACCACGCAGACACCAUCGGCGGCACCAUCGACGAAGAGAACGACCGCUACCUGCCCCAGCCGCCAGGCAACGGCUACGUCCCCUUAUCAGGGGAGCCUCCCCCGUCACCGCCUCCCUCCAUCGCGAGUGUGAGUGCAUCUGUGAGCGGCUCCCGUGCAGGCGCUGACGAGAGGGAGGGGAUGUCGGGCGGUGCCGGGUCGUCGACGCGUCCGCUGGCGCCGCCGCCUGACCUGAGCAUGACUGGUGCGACGCCGACGCUGCAGGUGGCCUAUCGGAGGAGAGGGCGGCUCAGACGGACAUGCCGCAAGAUCAUGAUCAUUAUCAUGACGGGAUUGGGAGGUGAGGGAGGGAGGGAGACGCAGACCAAGAGCUGGACGGACAGACAGACAGACAGACAGACAGACAGACGAGGAGCAUUCGUCUGCUGUGCUGUGCUGUGCUGCGUGCAGGUGUGUUUUUGGGUUUUGCCCAGCUGUCGCUCAAGCUGGGGUUCGAGAAAGACCCGCCAGCCAUGGGGCCGUUCAGCGCCGUAAGCAAAGCACCGAGCAACACGCGCCCCGUCCAUCCAUCCAUCCAUCCAUCCAUGUGUGUGUGUGUUCCAUUCCUUCCUCACUCAGAUAACGUCAGCGGAUGUGGUGUUCGUGACGUGUUUCUUCCACUGCACGAUUGGCGACCGGCUGACCAGGAUAGACCUGCCCGCCUUUGUGGCCGUCCUGGCGGGGCUCUGCACCAUGGCCUUGGCUGACCCGAGACCCGAGCACCUGUAUGGGCUGGCGUGGAGCUCCCUGGCGGCCCUGGGCAUGGCCGUCAGCGUCAUACUCAUCCGAUGGGGGGCCAUGAACGGGGUAUCGGCUUACUCGGGUGAGUCAGUCAAUGGAUGGGGCCUGGCCAGAUUCAGAUUCAUUCAUUGUCUGCGUGCGUGUGCACAGGGUUUGUGAUCCGCAUGUUGUCUGAGGGCAUUAUGGGCAUCUUGACACUCAUCGCCGUGGUGAGCGAGUCAACAAGAGAGAGAAUGGACGACGCCACCACCACGCGGACAGUUUUGGUGUGUGUGCAUAUGCGUUGCUGCAGCUGUCGACAGGUUUCUCGGUGCCUGGUCAUGGGUUUUUCGUGUGGACCCGGCUGGUCAUAUUUCCCAGCGCAUGCGGCAUCUUCCAGGCCAUCGCCGUCUUCUGCGUCAACAAGGUCACACACAAGACAACACACACACACACAUAUGUAUGCAUUCGGGCCAAUCGCUGUCUGUCUGUCUGUCCAACAGGCCCUGAUGUACCCCAAGCCCGGCAUAUCGACAGCACUUGUGGGCGCCAAUCCCCUGGUGGUAUUCUUCUGCCAGCUGGGAGUGGGGCGUGAGUACCCCCGCACUGUCAACCUGGUCGGCAUGCUCCUCGUGGUCGCGGGGUGCCUCGCACUCACACUAUCUAGGUACAUCUCUCUCACACACACCGAACAGUCACAAUAGACACGACACCAUGUUCGUUCUGCCUGUCUGUCUGUCUGUCUGUCGUCAUGGCCCCAGGGCGUUUUCUGCGUCAGCUCGAGCGAGUGCGGGCAGCCCUGAGGGCCCUCACGGAGCCCGGCGGUCAUCCAAUGACGAGAAUAACAGUGCCAUGCCAUCGCUGCACCCCCACCCAGAGUCUGAGAGUGCGCGCGCCCCCCUCUUCCCCUUCAACAAGGCCAACGCGAUGCGCAACCAAGUGGCGCUCGGCUUCGACAGCACUGGGCCGCAUAUGGACGACAGCCAGCGUGUGAUUGCGGUGGGUCACGCGCAGAGCAUUGCGUGGAGCAGCCGGGCGGGAAGUAUCGACACGGUCACCACGAUUGGGUAUGGAAAUCCUGCGGUGAUGAAUCCUCCUUCACAUAGGUUGGUUAAUGAGCAGCCAGGCAGACAGACGGGGGGCGGGUGGUGGCACCAUGCAUGGGGGAGGGACAAGGCAAGGCGACUGGCGUUUCGGCCCGACACGCUGCCCAGCAUCAUCAGCACGUCAGAGAGGCCCACUGCCAGCCAGGCCAGCGAGUCAGUGCGUGGCGACGGGGGGGACGACUCGACGACCCGACCUUUUGGCUCGCCUUGUCCGUGCCCCUUCCCCCCGUCUGCUGCCCUCGCCCCCCCUCCAAAUUCCGAUGAUCACUCUUACAUGUACUGGCAUUUGUCGCCCUACCCCAGGCAGGCAGCGCAGAUCAGAGAGGGGAGGAGCAGCAGCAAGGGGUGGCGGAGGUGGAUAGGCAGGAUGUUCAGCUGGCCGCCGUCGCACGAGGGAGAGGGGGAGGGGGAGGGCGAAAGCGGCACUGACGAUGACGGGAGCUCGCUUGUGUACGGUGUGGUGUACUCGCUGAGGAGGAGAGGCCAGACAGACGCACUCCCCAGCAUGCAUGUGCAGACAGACAGGCAGAGGCAGAGAGGAGUGAGCCUCACGCCCAUGUCGACUCAGCAGCUGGGGGGCCGGCUGCCUCUCCUGCACGGCACCAUGGCUGAGUCGAUCCUACUACCCUGGCAAUGAAUUGAAUGAAUGCACCACCCACCGAUACAUGUAUCGACCUGCGCUCAUAUAUACCUAAGCUGGCCGAUUUUUAUGGCAGUCUUUUCCUGGCUGGCCGGCCGGCUGACACAGAAGAGUAUUUGUCUGUCGGGUGUAUGAUUUUGGUCAGUCAGCUGUGUGCCAUCCAUCCAUCCAUCCAUCAUGUGACAUGUAUGUGUGGGGGCAUGUAUGAGUGGGGCGGGCAGGGUGUGGUGUGCAUCAGGGAGAAAGCUAGGAAGCCAGUGUGUAUGUUCUCAGCCCAGCAUACCCUCCCGUACGUCUGUCUGUCUGUUUUGCUGCUGUGUGUGUGGUUCGUGCAGACACAAGUGGACAGUGAGUGAGGUAGCACCAGCACAAGUGCCGUCAGCAGCAGCAGCGGCAGCAGCAGGAGGGAGCUUGGCAGCAGCACCCCCCAUAGCCGUCCCCCAGAAGCAGAGCGAGCUGCCCGAAGACGUGCUACUCAACUGGCAGCUGCAGAGAGGCGUGUCGGCCGUGAGACGGUUGCCGUCCGUCGAUGUGUGGGCAUUCCAAUAGCCAGUCAGUCAGGCCAGGCAGCUUUUUCCUCCCUCCCUCCCUGUAUGCUUACUUGCUGACAAGGUAGGGCUAUGCGUGUACAGAUGGCCACCAUCGAUCGUGUGACUAGCUAGCUCAGCUGACUGAGUGGUGCGUGCG